CCAUUUUAAACGAGCGCGACAUUGCUAAGAUAUCAAAUGACUUCAUACAUAUUUUAAAACAUAGUGCGAUAGAAGUGUUUGGAAAAACAGAAAUAAAUAACAAAAAACAUAAUAAAAUUCACCACAACAAAAAACCAUGUUUUAAUAAUGAAUGUUAUACCUCCAGAGCGGAGUUUAAUAAACAUAGGAAUACAUUUCUAAAGGACAGAUCCAAUGAACAUAACCGACAAUUUUUUAUCAAAUCGAAAAAUACAUAUAUACGCACUAAACGCCGAGUUAAGCAAAAAUGUAUCGCGAAUGUGUUGAGUCAAGUGAACUCUGUGUUGUUUCCAGAUCUAAGUGAGGACGAUUGUGAUUUUGGACUUGCAAAUGUAAAACAACGGCACUCUAUGAACACUUUAGACAAUUAUAUUCUGACAAUGGGAGUAAUACUUAAAAUAGCUCGCGCGAAAAUAAUCACUUAAGGGCUGAUCCAGACUUAGAUAAAGACAUUUCGCUAGAAGAGACUGAAAUAUGGCAAGAAUGCAGACUUUAACAGUGGAGAAUCUUUCGGAUCACCAAACCGACCACAUCGGAAAUAAACGGCCAUCACUGGUCCUGAAAGAGGGAAGCGAUGGUCCUCACACAACAAACCCCAGUAUGCGCCGGAUGUCCCGUUUCGAGGGCCGCCCUAGCGUCCAGUAUAGCCGCCGGAUGUCCAUGGUAUCCCGAUCUAGCGUAACCGGAAGUUCCUUCGGAAUUAAGAACAUUGGACUAUUUCCCGUGAAGCUGCAGAAUACGUACAAACUGCAGCCGGACCACAGUGAGGUGUUCAAACCCGACAGUGUGCGUGCCAUUAUACAGGAAGUGCUCGAUGAAUGCCUGAACGGUGAGAAGUACAACCCUUCGCAGUGCCGAAGCCUCUCACAGAUGCUCACGGAUCUCAUCAAGUCACGCGUGAAGGACAUUGGAUUUCAGCGCUACAAGUAUAUAGUGACGGUGACAAUUGGUCAGGACAGUGACCAGGGAUUCCGUGUAGUCAGCCGGUGUCUGUGGAAUAAGGACACAGACAAUUACGCCGAGGCUAGUUACAACAAGAAUGGUUUGUUCGCGGUAGCCGCUGUGUACGCGUGUUAUUUCGAAUAGGUCUUUGCUAAAUUAAUUGCAGCUUACAUGACGGGUGAGAGAUGUUUUAUUGUUAUAUUAUUUGUUCUGACAAAUAAGCCAGCAAUGUCUAAGCUGUAAUGACAAUAUACUGAGCUGCGAAUGUGUGUGGAAGGCUAUAGGCAAUGUUCCGCUUAGUAAGCUGAUUGUUCUUUCCAUGAAGAUGAGCUAAAGAGGAGUGCUUUACCAAUUUUCCAUUUCAUGUCAUAAAUCGAUUUAAGAUGACCACCAUGUAAAAUAGUAUCAUUUUCCAAUUUUAAGACAAAAUCAUAAAACAUUAGAUUGAUAUCGUUCCUUUUUUUCCGAUCUUGUUAUUAUAGUAUUUAAUCCCAUUAUUGAUUAAAUGUGUCCUAAAUU